AUGCAGACUAUUUCGAUUCGCACGCAAUCGACCCAAAAACCUCUCUCAUCACCCGGUGGUCCGAGUGUUAAACUUCCCAGCAGUGCCGCAGCUACUGGCAGCUCGGGCAGCCUAGUCGCUGGUUCAAAGCGUCCAGCUCCUGAUGUAGCUAGUCCAGGCUCUUCGGCUGCUCCCGGCAACAACAGUGGUACCAAUUCGUCGGCUGGCGGUGGCACUGCAGAUGCGGCUGGUUCCAUUCAAGUGCCUCUGUGCUUGCGCAAGCUGGUGCGCUCGAUUGUGCGCAGCUUCUACGCACGGGAGCACUCACUGAUCGUCGAUAUGCUAGUGCGCAACACCAUCAUGAAGGAAGAUGACCUUUGCGAACGACUUCGCUUCGAAAGAAAGCAGUUACGCCAGUACUUACACACCCUUAAGUCUGACCAGUUUAUCAAGUCCCGACUCCAGUUGGAAACGGAUAUUGAUGGAAAAACAGCCAAAAUCACUCACUAUUACAUAGAUUAUAAG